UAAACCUUAUAGAUCGAAUUAUUCUUCGAGAAUAGGUUGUGAUUAAGCAUAUUUAACCUUACAAUGAGUAGUUCUCCUCCAAAUAAGAAGAUACAUGUUUCGAAGGAACAUUAUAUCUUUGAAGUAACAAAAAGUGUUGCUUCGGAGUCACCUUGCAGACGAGAAAAGUGAGUGUGUGAGCAGCAGCAAACAGUGAGUUACAGAUGUUUACAGAUCUAAUUUGUUGCCAUGGCAAGCUCCGAUGAUGAAAAACAGACUGCUAUACACUUUGCUGAAAUGUUUUGCAAUUUGUUAGAUAAACAUCGUGACCAAUUAACAGCGUAUCUUGCAGAUGAUGCAGUGUUAGAUUGGUUUGGACAUACAGUAAGCAGCAAGAAUUCAAUUGUUGGUUUCAUGAAGUUGGAAAUUCCUGAAACAUUACACAAUCUCACAUCAAUAGAACCUUCAGGUCCCAUUCAGCAUCAGAAAAAGAUGGUUCUUGAAUUUAUGGACAGCGAGAACAAUGUAACAUCAUUGAAAGGCCAGACAUCACUUCACGAUUCACUUUCAGAUGAAGACCUUGCAAUGCCAUUGGACAGUCCAGAUUUUAUGGUCCAAGUAACUUGUUCAGAGCAAGUUGAUGGAAUGGCCAAACUUAAUCUUAAUAGCCUAUCCUUACAUGAGAAUUGCACAGACAAAUGGAAAUCCCUUAAUUGUUUCCAGUCACAACUUUUAACUUCAAAGAAAUGCGGGAUUCCAGUAGUAUCAGAGCAAUAUUAUGAUUCCAGGUAUGAAGGACAAGGAGAUUGUCUUUUUAAACCCAGUGUGAAUUAUUUUAUGAAACCUAACAGAUUUUUGGAAGCUCGUGGAAGUAUUGAGUUCCAGCGUACCAGACAGCCUGGCAUGGAAACUAAGAAUAUGAAGUUGAUGUCAGACACUAUGAAGUGGUGUCGAUUCUUCAAACUACAGAUUGCCUACAGCACCCCAAAUGCAGUAUUUCAUGCUAAUGAUCUUAGUGAUGGAAUAGCUGGUGAUUUUAAAAUCUGGCUUCUAGUAUACAAGGAUAAUUCACAAUGCAGAAGAAAUCUGUCUGAAGCAUUUGAUAAAUUAAAAUGAAAUGGGGAGAUCAAUAUUACGACUAUAGGAUUCUCGCGUCAUGUACCGCACCAUUAUUUAUGUGUGUUUAAUAAUGUAUUUCAUAUUUAGGUGCUGUUAUGCAGUACAGAUUUUAGUUUGACUUUGAUUUUUUGAGUUUUCUUAGUACAGGUAGUCCCCGAUUUAUGCCAGGGUUACGUUCCACCUCCUCAGGGUUGUUAGCUGAAGCGGUGUAAAUCAAGGAAGAAUUAUAAUGUAUUGUACUGGCGGACGAGGAGAAAGCAACUGAUGCCGACACUAGUGCUGCCUAAGUAACCACUUCCUGUGCUGAGUUUACCCUUGCGUUUUCAAUUUUUUUCUUAUAUUUGUUUAUUUUUUCAAUAUUAUUUUAAAAGGGCGUUAAUGUGAAACAGCAUAAACAGUGGCCUUGUUAACCUAACCUUUUUCACAGUUAAAUCAAUAAACAGCUUUGAAAGCUAGUAUAGCAUUCUGCCAAAUUUGAUAAAGAAUGAUUCUGUCAAUAUUCAUUUGUUCAUUAUUUUAUUUAAACAGAUUAUUAAAGUAACACAUUUUGUUAGAGAUGCUUUAAGUUGGUGAACUAGCUGUAAGUUUGUGUUGGUAACAUCACAUUAGUACCAGUCUGUUGUAGCUGUUAAUCAUAUUUAUUAAUGAAUGUAUAACAUUAUAUUGCUGCAUUAUAAAAGAUGUAAGCUCUAAUUCAAGACUAGACAGAAAUUAAUUUUUUUUUCAUG